CAUAGAGCAGCACCAUAGAGCCGGGCGGGCAGACAGUGAAACAGAGGAGACAGCUUGAACUGGGCAGCCGACUUGAACACUUCCUUAAACACCAUUUAGGAUUUUGAAGUGGAACUACCAGGAAAACCGUGGUUCUGACACAAAACCCGAUACAAACUCGCUGCAAACAAUACAUUUUGCAGCUCAGCGGAAGAGGAGGCUUAGGUGAGCCGUCACCAUGGCACCCUUCCUGCGUAUCAACCUCAAUGCUUAUGACGUGGGUGCUCUCCCUCCUCUUUCUGACCCUCCCAUCUGUGCCAUCAAGAUGAAGGAGUCUGUCAACACAGAGCGAGGAAUGACCUUGGUCCAGAGGAAGCCCACCAUGUAUCCAGCCUGGAGGUCCACUUUUGAUGCUCAUAUCUAUGAAGGGCGUGUCCUAGAAGUGGUCCUCAUGCAGAGCAGUGAGGAGCCUUUGGCCAAGGCCACGGUGGGCGUGUCUGUACUCGCAGAACGCUGUAAGAAAUCCAAAAACAGUGGCCAUACUGAGUUCUGGGUGGACCUUCAUCCUUCGGGGAGGGUCCAGAUGGCCGUACAGUUCUUCUUGGAGGACAGUGAUGCAGCGGCAUGUAAGCCAUCAGUGAAGGUUUCUCCUGAGGAUGGAGUCACAACCCUCAACAGGAGAAGAGGAGCUUUCAAGCAGCCCAAGGUUCACUUCAUCAAGAACCAUGAGUUUACUGCCACUUUCUUCGGCCAGCCCACCUUCUGCUCUGUCUGCAGAGAGUUCCUCUGGGGGCUCAACAAGCAAGGUUACAAGUGCAGACAAUGCAAUGCCGCAAUCCACAAGAAAUGUAUCGAAAAAAUCAUUGGCAGGUGCACUGGAACAGCAGCCAACAGUCGUGACACUGUGUUCCAGAAAGAGCGCUUCAAGAUUGAUAUGCCACAUCGCUUCAAGUACUACAACUACAAGAGCCCCACUUUCUGCGACCACUGUGGCAGUCUGCUGUGGGGUCUCUACAGACAGGGCCUUAAAUGUGAAGACUGUGGCAUGAACGUACAUAGUUACUGUCAGACGAAAGUGGCCAAUCUGUGUGGAAUUAACCAGAAACUACUGGCAGAGGCUCUGUCUCAAGUCACACAGAAAUCUAUGAAGAAGUCUGAUAACUCCAAUGCAGAAAAUAUUGGGAUCUAUCAAGACAUCCAAAGUGCAACAGUAGACCCUAGUGCAGGUGGCAAUGGCAAGGCGGGUGAUGGCCUGAGCCCAGCCCCAGCAGCAUCUAUAGUCCCCCGGGUACACCUCACCACCAACCACCUGGUGUUCCACAAGGUGCUAGGUAAAGGCAGCUUUGGCAAGGUGCUGCUGGCAGAGCUGAAGGGACAGGGUCAGUACUUCGCUGUGAAGGUUCUGAAGAAGGAUGUAGUUCUCAUGGAUGACGAUGUGGAGUGUACCAUGGUGGAGAAGAGAGUCCUGGCCCUCGCUUGGGAGAGCCCCUUCCUCACACAACUCUACUCCACAUUCCAGUCUAAAGAGCACCUCUUCUUUGUAAUGGAGUACCUGAAUGGAGGCGACUUGAUGUUCCACAUUCAAGACAAAGGCCGCUUCGACCUCAACAGAGCCACAUUCUAUGCUGCUGAGAUAAUAGUGGGACUGCAGUUCCUCCAUGCAAGAGGUAUUAUCUACAGAGAUCUGAAGCUGGACAAUGUGAUGCUGGACAAGGAUGGACACAUAAAGAUAGCGGACUUUGGCAUGUGCAAAGAGAAUGUGAUCGGAGAGGCCAGAGCCACAACAUUUUGUGGAACACCAGACUAUAUUGCACCAGAGAUCCUGUUGGGACAGAAGUACACCUUCUCAGUGGACUGGUGGUCUUUUGGUGUGCUAGUGUAUGAGAUGCUGAUUGGUCAGUCACCUUUCCAAGGUGAUGAUGAGGACGAGUUGUUUGAAUCCAUCAGGUCGGACACCCCUCACUACCCUCGGUGGAUCACCAAGGAAGCCAAGAACCUGCUUGAACUGUUGUUUGAGCGAGAUCCUAGUCGCAGAUUGGGUGUGGUGGGAGACAUCCGUGCACAUGCAUUCUUCAAAACCAUCAACUGGCUAGCACUGGAGAAAAGAGAAGUGGAUCCCCCUUUCAAGCCAAAAGUGAAAUCCCCCAGUGACUGCAGCAACUUUGACCGAGAGUUCCUGAGUGAAAAGCCUCGCCUCUCACAGGCAGACAAGAACCUCAUCGACUCCAUGGACCAGGCAGCAUUUGCUGGCUUUUCCUUCGUCAACCCUAGACUAGAAAAAAUGAUAAGCAAAUGAAAAAACAAACUGGCUGUUCUGGGAAUGCACUCUUAGCCCAGCACUCCAAAAUAGACUCUUAUCCUAUUUUCUUUACCUUAUCAACUGGAUGGAUAACAAGAACAUGAAAAGAUUUGGGUUUGACCCUAACUUAUUUUGCUCCUCUAUCAAAGUAUGAGAUAAAAUAAUAAUAGGAUGUUUGCUGGUGUCUAAAACAAUAAUCAUGUCUCAGCUGUCAGAUUAUAUAGGUGUAUAAAAGAGUAUAAAGCUCUAGGAAAUUAAGGGAAAUUCUGAAGAAACCAGUGUUACCAUAAUCAAUGCUGGGGGGGAUUGUCCAAGAACCAUUGUGUUUUUUCUUACUUUCUGUCAUUUUUCAUGUGAUCACGUCUUGAAUCUGUACGAAUCAUCUAAUGUACUGUAUCUCAAAAUUGAAAUUCACAAGCACAAGCAUAAGCAUGAGCCCCUUAUUUAGUAAUACAAAUAUAUACAGCCACCAUCUCGCAUGCAAGUCAGGAAAAUUCAGUGGUACAUACAGUAUUCACUCUCACCCUGUGUGCUUUGCCUACUGUAUGUCUCCUAGAACAUCCCAUCUGUGUGUGUUUGUGUGUUACCACAUGCAUACAAGUGUGUGGGUGUGCGCAGGUAUUUUCUUAGAUGCAAAUGGUGCUACUGGACUUAACAUUGUCUGUUGUUGAAUGAACCCUUGAGUUAUUGAGGCAUCAUAGAAAGAAUUGUACCAUAAAGAUGGGAGGACUUUAAAUCUGAAGUAAGGCUGUUGUGGAAGUGAGUAGCCCGCCCCCUCAAUGACUGCACUCUGUCACAUACCCUCUAAAGAGUUCAUUUGUUUUUCUUUUUAAUUUAGCACACAUUUCUACAUGGCAGUCUUCUUGUUUUUUGUGUGCCACUGAUGUCAAACCUCAUGCUGUACAUCAAACUGAAGCGUAACACAAACCAUUGUUCAGUACAUCAUGUUCAUUUUCUGGGCUGUCAGCAGACAUACUGGAAAGGGUUGCAGCAGUAGUGUGGUACUAUACCUGUACAUCUACAGUAGCUGUGUAGACAGAUGAGGGGGAGAGGGGCCUUUCACUGGAAGCACAGGGUCAUUGGAAUGUGUUAUAUUACUUGAAUAUAGGAAUUUUUAAAAUGAAAAUAAUAGUGCUGUGUAUGGAAAUCUAAUAUGUAUGUAACCAUGAGCUGUCUCCGAGUUAAGGUUGUACUUUUUUUACUCUCCUCAUCUUUUACAUCUGAUUAUAAAUAAAUAUACUAUAAACUCAAAA